AAACACGUCGAUCCCAAAGCUUCUGAUUUUAAGAUUAAGAACCCUGUUGUUUAUGGUGUCAUAAAGCUAACCCGAAAUGAAGGCUCAGAAUCAAAACCCUUCGAAGUUCUUCACGAAGCAAAUCAAUGUCCAAGUCCUCUCUUAUUUCCUCAUCUUUGGUGGUGGUUUAGUCCUUGGAAUCGUACUUGGCUCCUUUUAUCUGAAGGACUCUUCCUUUAGUCUUCAAAUAGCCGAAAUGUCAUUCUCUUCUUCUCCUUCUUCUUCUGCUUCAUCUCCAUCCGAUAAUGCAAAUAUUUCACAUAUGCUAGUUAGUCCAAAUGACACAGUCACUAUGUCUAACAUAACCGAAGUUCAUAUAGGAGCAUUAGAGGAAUUCCUAAAACCGCCUAAGGUUUGGCACGACAUGGAUGAUGAGGAAUUGCUCUGGAGAGCUUCCAUGGCCCCUCGGAUACUCCAAUAUCCAUUCAAGCGAGUUCCGAAAGUUGCUUUCAUGUUCUUGACAAGAGGGCCUAUUCAUUUGGCACCAUUGUGGGAGAAGUUCUUCCAAGGGCAUCAAGGCUUAUACUCGAUCUAUAUCCACUCAGAUAUGUAUUACAAUGAAUCCUCUCACCCGGAAAGUCCAAUUUUUCGUGGCAGACGAAUCCCAAGUCAGAGAGUAGAUUGGGGACGAGUGAACUUGAUUGAAGCCGAGAGCCGCCUAAUAGCGAAUGCUCUUCUCGACGUCUCAAACCAACGUUUUGUUCUGCUUUCGGAAGCAUGCAUCCCCCUCUUCAACUUCUCCACUGUGUACUCCUACCUCAUAAACACCCACCAGACUUUUGUUCAAGUCUAUGAUGAUCCAAGCGGAGUUGGGCGUGGCCGAUAUAAUGAAAGCUACUACCCUCAAAUCACAUUGGACCAGUGGAGGAAAGGGUCGCAGUGGGUUGAAAUAGAUAGAGACAUUGCCAUUGAAGUUGUUUCAGAUCAAAAAUACUACACAACUUUCCAGAAACUAUGCAGAGGCUAUUGCUUUGCAGAUGAGCAUUACUUGCCAACAUUUAUGAACAUAAGAUUUCCAACAAAGAACUCAAAUAGGAGUGUGACCUGGGUUGAUUGGUCUACGGGCGGACCUCAUCCUGUCGAGUAUGAGAGCACAGAUGUCACGGUUGAGCUUCUGAAUAAGCUGAGGCAUGGCUCCUGGUGUGAAUACAAUGGAAGGGGCACAAAUGUUUGUUUCUUGUUCGCGCGAAAAUUCCCGCUAAGUUCUUUGGAUACCCUGCUGAAGAUUGCACCACAGGUAAUGCAGUUUAACACAGACAUUGAUAAGGAGUACUAGUUUCGUUAGAUUGGAUAUAUUGAUCAAGUCUAGAAUACAGAACGAAAAUGGUCAUUCAGUGCAACUUGUAGCAUUAGCUCUUUUGUGAUGUUCUUUUAUUUAUUUAUUUAUUUUUUUCCCAUGGGUGAUUGGAAACCCAAGUGAUAGUGAAAUUCCGGCUAAUUAGAUGCAGGAAACGGCAAUACCAGCUCAACUUUACAU